GCGACCAUGCAGGUGGUGAAGUAAGCCAACUGUCAUCAAAAAGAGGAAGAAAUCAGUGGGAAGUUGAAUUUUCUGCCAAGUUUCUGCAGGCGUCAUUGAAGAAUAUUGACAAUGUCCUGAAAACGAGCAAUCAGCUACUUGUACAAGAUCAGAGACUUGGUGCAGAUCCUCUGCUUUGCUUGUUGUACGAGACAGACACUAAUGUAGAGAGAGAGAAUCCAGCUGCUUUAGAGGAAAUUCCCAGAGUAUGGCGGUACAGAACGCCUAUAUCUCUACAACAUCUCCAGCAAGAGGCUGAAGCCAAAAUAUCACAAAAGCAACACAAAGUGUUGCAAUUAUUCCUGAAAGAGGAUCACCAUUUAAGAGCACUUCGAUACAUUCCAAGUAUUCUACGCCUUCAUCGAGCCUUGUUCCAAAAAUAUCAAAGAAAAUUAGACAAAGCGGAGGCUUCACAAAUCUUAAUUGCGCAUCUGAAAAGAGAAGAGAUAGCUGGAGGGGAAACGAUGCAGUUGCUACAAGAUUUUGCAGAUGCCUGGGAGUUGGUCAGAGAAUCAUUGACUCUGUACUUGUGUCCAACAGAACUAGGUGGUAUGAUAGUCUCAAAGGAGUACUGUAACAAAAGUAUCACAGAUAAGACACCAAUAUCUAUACUGCUACCAACAACAAAAGAAGCAGGGCUCUGUUCUUACGCUUUAUUAGACUUUCUGAUGAGAAAACAAAAUGAUUUCUUGGACAAAUACUUGAAAGAAGCACAUAGAAAAUCUGGGAGUAUUUCAAGCGUAAGUCCCAAGGAAGUGACUUCGGCUCACCUUAUCAGCUACGACCCUCAGCACGAUAUUCUUCCAUUAGUCCUAGCUAAUUGCCAAUAUUCGUUCGAAAUGGGUAAAGGGACAAAGAUAGAGUAUGAUUUUGCUGCCUUAGAAAGACAAUUGAUGGAUAGAUUCUUGUUCUCAAAAUCCAGGAUCGAUGUUGGCAGAGUGUUAAUGAUUGAUCAAAUGGUAUACCGAACAGAAUUUACGAAUGCGGAAGUUUUCAGGAAACUAGCUGACAAAAUACCACAGGAAACUUUAAGUGCUGCAGUAAAGACCCAGAUUUGCAGUGAUAUCAGAUCCCUUCCUGACCUUUGUACUUCACUAGACAAUCUGGAUAUCACUAUCAGUUUCCUCAAGUCUACAGGAGGACAACCAGACAAAACGUUGCACGAGUUCAUGCAGAAAACACUUCAAAUGGAAACUACAAUACAUAGUCAAAAGGCCCAGCAGUCGUGUGAGUUCAGACAUGCACAGUCGCUAUGGUUACUGUUAUCGUUACAGAAAUCCAAAAAGAUGAUGGACCACAAUCAGCAUACAGAGUCAACGUUCGAGAGCCUUUUGCGGGAGUUUCAUGAAGAAUUGCCAGAUGAGUUACUAACCUUGUAUAGGGGCUACAUGAAGAAAUUGUCAAUCGACAAACUCAGCCAGUUGGUAGAAGUUCUUCACGAAUAUAUCCUGUUAGUUGUGGCUGUUAGACAGAAUCCGGAGGAUGACGACUAUACUGAUACAACCAAUAACAAACUUGGUGAAUGGCUGUAUGGGUAUGUAGACAAUUUUGACAACCCACCACUAGAUAUGGCUGUGUUGACAGACUUCCCGAAGGACAUAUUAUACAAACAUAGUGUCCAUGCAUGGGUUAGUACCUAUGGAAUGUUGAAAGAGAAACUGACGGGAAACUAUCGUCGAUUCUGAUCACGUCGGUAUAAGACAAAGUACAAAUAUUGGACCAAAUGUAGACAUUGUGAUUGUAAAACAUAACGUUUAUGAUCAUAGUCUGUGAUAUGAGGAUAUGGGAUAUUUUUACAGUUUCCAGUGAUGUGAUAAGAAAUUCAAAGCAGUAUUUUUGUAUUAUUAUGUUGAUCUGCAUGUGACAAACCAUGUGUAUACUGAACCAGUUAUUUAAGUUAUGAAAGGCAUGCUAGACGUAUAUUAUGAUUGAAUCUAUUCUUUACAGAAGUUUCUUGCUGUCAUUUUAAACUUGUUACAAGUCAUUUGUUUCAAUUGUUAUCGCCGAUUGUUUUGGAUACAUGUAUUAGGUUUUAUAAAUGUUUUGUUCAAUGCUUUAUUUUUUCCACUUGUAAAGUAUAUAGUAUAGUAUAUUGCUGGAUUAUAUUUGUUUCGGUGUUCUCAACCUUUAAUGUGAGAAAGUGCUCUUAGUUUUGUUUCAUGUGUCGGUAUAUUUAUAUUUCAUGUAAAAUGUUAAAAGAGUUUUAUUUUUUCAUUGAUAACAAAAGAUAACAUUUAAGUGUGUACGUUGGAAAACAUACAUAGUUUUAUUGCUUUAUUUUACAUUUUUGCCUUUCUUAGUUAUCUGUUUAUGUUUGUGAAUUCUUAUAGAUAAGAAAAGUGUAUUUCUUAAAUGAUAUCACCUGGCUAUCACUAAGGUGUGAUAAAUUACAAAAUCUCUGGCAACCUGCUAUGAGACAAAAUUAUUCCUGUCUGUAUUUGAUUUGCCAUUAAGAAUAAGAAAGUAAAUAACUUUUCUUUGCAGUGAAAUAUGAUAUGUUUAUCUGUCUUUUAAUUGUUGUUAUUUUUUUUGUUGCCUUUUUAUUGUUUUGGCUAGGAUUGUAUAAUCCAUGUGUUUUAAUGUUUUAAAAUGCUUACCAAAUGCGAGAGAAAAUUUAAACAAAAUCAGUUUGAUGUAAUUCAAAAAGUUUGAAAGUUUGCAGUAUUAAAAAUGGCAUAGUACCACAUAGUUAAGACAGACCGUCUUGGAAGUAAAGUGGUGAUGGUGGCAUGUAAUCAUUUAGCUAAAUCAUCCACACUAUCUAGUCUACAUGGUUGGAACACACUAGCGUAUACGGUCAGAGUUGAAGGCUUUGAAUUAUGUCUUUGAUAGCAGUGUUGGUAUAAAGGGUAUCAUUAUAAAUCGACAUAAUUAGAGCAAAUGAUAAAUCUUUAUGCUGUAUAUGUAUUACUAAGUUUAUGUUGUCUACCAUGAUUUAACUGGUGAUUGUUUUUUCAAAUAUUAAAAGUAUAAGCAUUUGUAAUA